CCCUGUCGCUCGGCGAGCAGGAGAGGGAGGGUCAACAUGGCGUCCGAACAGGAGAGCUCCAAUGGGCCUGUGAAGAAGUCCAUGCGAGAGAAGGCAAUAGAAAGACGCAAUAUCAACAAGGAGCACAACAGUAACUUCAAAGCUGGCUAUGUGCCCAUAGAAGAAGAACGGCUUCAUAAGACGGGGCUGAGGGGACGCAAGGGAAACAUGGCGGUUUGCAUUGUUGUCCUCCUCUUCCUCCUCGCCUUAAUCAACCUCAUUAUCACUCUGGUAAUCUGGACAGUGAUCCGUAUCGGUCCCAAUGGGUGCGACAGUAUGGAGUUCCAUCAGUCUGGCCUGCUGCGCUUCAAACAGAAGGCGGACAUGGGCAUCGUUCAUCCACUGCACAAGAGCACAGUCGGAGGCCGUAAGGACCAGGACUUGGUCCUUGUCGGCAACAAUAACCCGGUUGUGUUCCAGCAAGGCACUACUAAGCUGAGUGUUGAGAAGGACAAGACCUCAGUCGUCAGUGAUGUCGGCAUAUCUUUCACAGACCCUCGCACACAGACCACGUUCUUCAGCACAGAUUUUGAAAACCACGAGUUCCAUUUGCCCAAAGGAGUCAAAGUUCUCAGUGUUAAGAAGGCUUCCACAGAAAGGAUCACCAGUAGUGCAGCUUCUGACCUGAACAUUAAAGGCGACAGCAAGGCCAUCAUUCGCGGAAACGAGGGCGUCAACAUCAUGGGCCGCACUGUGGAGUUCAAAAUGGGUGGAGGUAUCGAGCUCAGGGCUGAGAACAGCAUCGUCCUCAAUGGAUCAGUCAUGUUCAAUGCCACACGCAUCCCUAAUUCUGCGGGAGAUGUGUAUUUCGAUGAAGGUCUGGAGAGGUACAAGCUCUGCAUGUGUGCAGAUGGGACUCUGUUCCGUGUGCAGGUGAAGUAUCCCAACAUGGGCUGCCAGACUUCAGAUAACCCAUGUAGAAAAGCUCACUAGGAGACUUGACUGGAAUCUGCUGUUAUAUCCUCCUACAAUCUGUCACUGCUGAAGUACAGUAGAGCAUUGUUUAGGCCAUUCAUCAUUACUUGCACAUAAUAAUACCUCUACAGCUGACCUGACUAAUUCUGUGUUCCUCACAUUGUUUGGAGUUGUAUUACAGAUCAUUGCCACUUGGCCAAAGAUAUUAUCAGAUUUGUAAGUGCUUAAAUAUUUUUAUUGUUCUGCAGGUUGCCAACCUUAUCUAAAAUGUCUAAUGCUAUAUCAGUGCAUAACACUCCAAUAUUUAACAUUAAACUGUGGUUUGCAUUGCCCAUUGAUACGAAUUAAAAGGUACAGUAUCUACUUCCUGCCUUACCGUCCAGUAUUACCGAUUUCUAAACCUUGUAGAGGGGUUUUGAAAGAUUUAUUUGCUGUUCAUUGUUUCUGGCAGCUGUGUUUGUUGUUUUCUUUAUUAUAUUCACUGAGACACUACAUGACUAUAAUGAUUUGUGUAUUAUUGAAUUUGGGGAGUAUAAAACAUAAGAUCCAUUUUAAGCCAUCCAGCAAUGCUAAAGCAGAGUAGGUCACUUUCUGCACACCAUGGACUGUCUAUCAUGCACGUGCCAAUGGAUUUACAAGGGAUGAUGUAGUAUAUAAUAUAUAUGUAAUAUUCUAAUUUUGUUGCAAAAUCUUUUUUACAGCGAAAUGAUAAUAUUGAAAAACAGAAGAAGACUGUGUGCACUAAGUUAUGAUGCAGAUUAAUGCAAAUCUCUUUAAAUGUUCAUGAAUGUCAGGAAAGUUUAAAUCAUCCGUAACUUGGAUUGAAGCCUAUAUUGAGCGGUUUGAAUUUUGUGCAAUAUUGUAUCAGAGAUUUGACUUUCGUUUUGCUUUGGAUUGUCUUGUCUGUUUUGUAACAGUGCUGAUGUGAGAAAUGUCACAAAGUACCAUGAAGCCCGCUGUGAGAGUGUUUUUGAUCAGCUAAAUGAAAUCAGCCUUAUUUGAAAUACUGUCCAACACUUCAUUGCCAUCUUUGUUUCAAUAAAGAAACAUGUUGCUAU